AUAUUUCAAAAGUCAAAAACAUAAAUAAAAGACGUGCCAUGUGCGAACCAGUAGAAGCUACUUUCUGAUCGAAUUUUGUUUAUGUAAAUCUUAAAUAAAAUGCCUGCGAAACGUCAGCACAAGGUUGUCGAACGACCAAAAACACGAAAAGAACUACGUAAAGAUAAACGUUUGCAAAAGAAAGCCAAUCGAGUUCAUUUUCACAAACGGAAAAAGGAAUUACGGGUCGAAUACCGUGCCAGAUUGAAGCAGAAAAAUGGGAAAGGUAAAAAACAUCAAAACGAUAAACCAAAGGAACAGGAUGUUGAAGAGCCUUGCGAGGAGGAAGAUGAGGUCAACAUGCCAGACGACGAUGAGAUUGAAUCUGACUUUGAACUGAGCGACGAAGAGAUGGAAUCGAAGAUGAAAGGAAUUAGCGCCAAGAAACCGAAACCUGUCGAAAUGGAUCGUCUUCAACAAGACCGGCAACGGGAAAAGCAGAAACAGAAGUCGUUGGAAAAAGAGAUGCGAAAGCAACGAGUCCGUCAACUGAAAUCUGCCAACGAAGAGGAAGACAAAGUCAUUAGGAAGUUGGAGAAGCAACUGAAGAUUGACAAGACACGCAGCGACAAAUACGUUCCGAAAAUGUUCAACGAUGGCUUAGAGUAUGCGCUUGAACUUUGUCUACCCGAAAAUAUUCAGAAAAUGUACACAGCCGCCAAAGAAGCUGCGCAAAGUGAUUCAGACGAUGGAUUCGACGAAGACCUGCAAAUUGCUUCUGGUUUAUCAGGCAAAACGGAGAAGGAAGGAAAGGAGAAAAGUAAGCAGUCGACUGCACUCACAAAGAAAGCGGCGAAAGAAGAAAAUGAACGAAAGGCCAGCAAGCGAAUGGCUAAGUUGAAGAAGGAGGAAGGAAAAUUAUUCGAAGAUUUAGAUUCGGAUUUGAGCGGCGUUGAUUCGGAAUUCGAGCAGAGUGCCGAAGAAAACGAAGAAAAUGAGAGUGAUGAUUCGGAAGGCGAUGACUUUGGUCUCAUGGAUAGUGCGGAUGAAAAUAGUGAUGGCGAAAACAGUGAAUUUGGAGACAGCGAAGCUGAGGAAGUUGAGGACGAGCAAAGUGAAGAAGAAGAUGGAAGCAGUGAUGAAGCUCCUGAGGAGCGUCCCAUAAAAAAAUCUGGAAAAUCAAACAUCAAGAAACAGAAAUUGGAGAUGCCCGCUAAACAAUCUGAAUCGAGCGAAUCCGAUAAUGAAAGUCAUGACGACUCGUCCGUCGAUGAGCCAGGGAAAUUUGUUAGAAAACCGGUUAGCGAAUCGGAGAGUGGUUCUUGCCCAUCUGACAACGAUAUCGAUGGCAAUUUCGAUGAAUCAGCUGACGACUCGGAAGCUGAAACGAAAACCACAAAGUCCUGGGAGGACAUUUACGGCCGUAAACGCGACAAAGACGGAAAUGUCAUCGAACCGGAAACUUCCGUGAAAGACGGCAAAUACAUUCCUCCACAUGUGCGCGCCAGACUAGCUGCAGAGGGCGGAGACGAUUCGAAAAAAUUGGAAAAAUUGAAUCGACUGAAGAAACAGCUAAAGGGUUGGCUGAAUCGCUUGUCCGAGGCGAAUAUGUACAAAAUUGUUGGCGAUAUCGACAAUCUGUACAUGCAGAAUCCGCGGUACGAUAUGAACGUUACGCUGACGUCGCUGAUUUUCGAUAGUUUGGUUAGCAAUGUAUUGGCACCAGAGCGUAUGGUUCUUGAGCAUAUGCUGUUAAUAGCUGCGUUACACGGAAACGUUGGCAGUGAAGUUGGGGCACACUUCCUACAAUUUACGAUCGAGACGUUCAACAGCAUGUUACCAAAUCUGCAUGCGUACGAUGUCGAAGACAAGCAACUGGACAACGUAAUAUUCAUAAUUUGUCACAUGUACACAUUCAAACUUUUUCAUCACGGCCUUAUCUUUGAAAUUCUGCAAAAACUAACGUCUGAGCUAUGCGAGAAGUCCGUCGAAUGUGUGCUGCUCACUUUGAAGUCAAUAGGUUUUGCGUUACGCAAAGACGAUCCGAUCGCGUUGAAGGAAUUGAUAGCAACACUACAGACGAAAACGAAUGAAGCAUCCGAUGAAUUGAAGAACAACGCCCGUUUAAAGUACAUGCUGGACGUGCUGUUGGCUGUUAAGAACAAUAACGUGAACAAAAUUCCCCAGUACGAUCCAUCGUUGGCUGAACAUCUACGGAAGAUCCUCAAAACGUUGCUGGUCAACGGAAAGUAUGUGACAUCGCUGAACAUUACGUUGGACGAUCUGUUGAAAGCCGAUCAGCGUGGUAAGUGGUGGGUUGUCGGAUCGGCAUGGUCGGGCAAUGUGGAUGACAUUGGGGUCGCAAAGACGGUAAAGUCAGGCAAGAAGGAGCAACUGAAAUUCAGUGAGCAGAUGUUGGAACUGGCGAAGAAGCAGAGGAUGAACACGGACGACAGACGGAACGUAUUCUGUGUGCUAAUGACCGCUGAAGACUACAUUGAAGCGUUCGAAAAGCUACAUCAGCUGGCGAUCAAGGACCAUCGGGUCAUUGUGACGGUGAUUAUUCAUUGCUGUUUGUCGGAGAAGAUUUUCAAUCCCUACUAUGCCGUUCUGUCGCAAAAGUUUUGCGAUGUUGACCGAAAAUAUCAGCUGGCGAUACAAUUUGCCGUUUGGGAUCGCAUCAAAGACAUCAACUCUCACACGAACAUUCAAAUCAAAAAUUUGGCCCAAUUUCUAAUCUAUCUGAUCGAGCACGGCGGACAGCCAUUAUCCGUUCUGAAGGUGGUCGAAUUCGCCGAACUGGAUAAACCAACGUUGCGUCUCGUCCGUCAAACAGUUCUGGGGCUACUGCUGAAUCAUGAAGAUACCUGCAAACAGGUCUUUCACCGUAUUGCACCCAGCGUCAAAUUGAAGGCAUUCAAAGAGAGCAUUCGACUGUUCAUGCAACAUUUCCUGCUGAAGGGAGGAAGGAAGAGUGGUGUUACGGAAGAUAAAAUGGAAUUGCUGAAGAAACGUAUAGACAUUGCAGACAAAGCACUGCAGACUGUUGACUCGCUGGUACAAUUUUGAUUUUGUAUUAGCGAAGACGAGGACUGUGAAAUAAAAACGGUUGGUGGCAAUAAAAAC